GGGAAAAACCCACAGACGGUUCCUGGGUCAGGUGCAUAAAUAGCAGGUGUGACAGUUCCAGACAUUAUUAGUCGCUGUGGCUCCGGUAAAACCAUGCUCUGCUUCAGACUCAGCUCUGCACUGUUCCUGGCAGCAGUUUGUUGUUUGCUUGCAAGUUCAGUGGUUUACCCAGAGAGAGUCACCACCUGUGACGAACAUACUGUCCACCGCCUGAGCUGUGAUGGGACUGCGAGUGCAGUGAUCAGUGUGGUGUCAUCUUUCUAUGGACGGGCCGACAGGGUGACCUGCAGCGCUGGCAGACCUGCAGCACAGCUGGCCAACACAGCGUGCUCUCUCCCAGGCACUUUGGAGAUCGUGAAAACCAGGUGCAAUGGCAAGAGGAUCUGUGAACUAAAUGCAAAAAUUUUCAGGGCUUCUGAUCCCUGCUAUGGCACCUACAAAUACAUGGACACCACGUUCAUCUGCCUGCCAGCCAUUCAUGUUAUUGCAUGUGAGCACUCUGCGGCACACCUAGGUUGUGAUCCAGGGCAAAUUAUUGUCGUCCACGGCGCUGAUUAUGGCCGCCGUGACCAAACCACAUGCUCUUACAAACGCUCUGCCUCUCAGCUCCAAAAUGUCUACUGCUCAAGACCCACUAACAAAGUGGCUGAAAGCUGCAAUGGGAAAAACAGCUGCACUAUCUAUGCAAGCAACUCAGUGUUUGGGGACCCCUGCCGUCGCGUUUACAAGUACCUGGAGCUGGCUUACACUUGUGAAUGUCUUGACAGCCCUACUUCAGCCCCUUUAAAUAGCGGAUGUGACAGUUCAGCCGCCAUUAGUCCCACUGUUCAGCUCACUGGCUCCUGUAAAACUAUGCUCUGCUUCAGACUCAGCUUUACCCUGUUGCUGGCAGCAGUUUGCUGUUUGCAUGUGAGUGCAGAGAAAGUCACCACCUGUGAUGGAAACGAGGCCAGUGUCCACCGGCUCAGCUGCGACGUGACUGCGAGUGCAGUGAUCAGCGUGGAGUCAACCCUGUACGGACGAAGUGACAGCGAGACCUGCAGCACUGGCAGACCUGCAGAGCAGCUCUCCAACACAGAGUGCUCUCUGCAAGGCACUCUGGAGAUCCUGAAGAGCAGGUGUAAUGGGAAGAGGGUGUGUGAACUAAAUGCAAACGUGUUCCAGUCAUCUGAUCCCUGCCCUGGCACCCACAAAUACCUGGAGACCACGUUCACCUGCCUCCCAGCAUUUCAUAUUAUUGCCUGUGAGCACUCUGCAGCACAUCUCGACUGUGAUGUGGGGCAAGUGAUCACGAUCCACGGCGGUGAUUAUGGCCGCCAUGACCAAACCACGUGCUCUUACAAACGUCCUGCCUCUCAGCUUGAAAAUGUCUACUGCUCAAGACCCACUAACAACAUUACUGAAAGCUGCAAUGGGCAAAAGAGCUGCACUAUCUAUGCAAGCAACUCAGUGUUUGGGGACCCCUGCGUUGGCACUUACAAGUACCUGGAGCUGGCUUACACUUGUGAAUCGAGUGCAGUGAUCAGAGUGCAGUCAGCUCAGUAUCGAUGCACGGACGGGGGGGUGUACAGCGCGGGCAGAUUUGCAGAAGGGCUUUUCAGCACAGAAUGCCCUCAGGAAGAAACUCUGGGAAUCCUUCAGAGCAGGUGUAAUGGGAAGAGGGUGUGUGAACUAAAUGCAAACGUGUUCCAGUCGUCUGCUGCCUGCCUUGACACCCAUAGAUACCUGUACACCAUAUACACCUGCCUCCCAGCCAUUCAUGUUAUUACCUGUGAGCACUCUGCGGCACACCUAUAUUGUGAUCCGGGGCAAAUUAUCGUCGUCCACAGCGCUGAUUAUGGCCGCCAUGAUCGAACCACGUGCUCUUACAAACGCCCUGCCUCUCAGCUCCAAAAUGUCUACUGCUCAAGACCCACCAAGAAAGUGGCCGAAAGCUGCAAUGGGAGAAACAGCUGCACUAUCUAUGCAAGCAACUCAGUGUUUGGGGACCCCUGCCAUGGCACUUACAAGUACCUGGAGCUGAUUUACACUUGUCAGUUCUAG